UCCUUUCCCUAAACAAAAUGCAACAAUUUCUAUAGGCGAUCUUUUCCCGAUUGAUGGCUUCUGCAGAUGGUUCUCUUGCUGUAGCUGCUCAGAGCAGAAUUGCAGUUCUCCUGAGAGCUCCAAAAGGACCAGAGGACCCUUAUUAUAAUGCAUUGUCAGUUGCUGGUUUCCAGUCUGUUCACUUCAUACCAGUCUUGCAUUAUGAGCACAUGAAUCAGGAUGAGCUACAAUCUGAUAUACUGAGCAGCGACAAAUUUUCAGGUAUUGUGUUCACCAGUGGGACGGCGGUUGAGGUGUGUGUCUCUUCCCUCACUGAGCACGAGAGGGGCAGGGUGACAGAGAGGUGGAAGCAACUACCUGUGUUCGUUGUGGGCAAAGCUACUGCACAAGCUGUCAGAGGGCUUGGUCUGAGUCCUACCGGCUCACACAGUGGAAAUGCUGAGACACUGAGCAAGCUGAUCAUUGAGCAUUUCUGCCCUGGUGUGCCCACCAAGCCACUACUGUUUCCCUGUGGUGCCCUGAGGAGAGAGACACUCCCCGUGGCACUGGAGGGAGCUGGUCUACCCCUCAAGUGCCUCGCCUGUUACAAGACACUCCCUCACCCCGACUUACAGGGCAGACUGAGAGAGCUAUCUCCACAGGCAGAGGUGGAGAGUGUGUGGGUGGUGUUCUACAGUCCUUCAGGAGUCAACUUUGCUCUGGAUUGUGUACUAAAAACAUUCAAGUCUGGAUUUAAGGUAGCUGCGAUUGGUGCUACUACUGGUGACAGUCUGAGCAAGGCUGGACGUAGACCUGAUGCAGUGGCCAAGCUACCCAACCAUGACUCACUAACUGAAGCUAUCCUCGAAUGCUGUAUAUAAUUAUAUAGUUCAUGAUAAAUUCAACUUUUAUAGUGACAAUUUAUUUUUAUAACAAUUAAUUUGUACAUCAAUCAAAGAAAAAACAACAGCAAUUAUUUUGAUAAAUAAAUAUUUGUUGAACACA